AUGCAGCAGGGCCUCGCCCGUCCGCUCAUGCUGGCCAGCUGCCUCGGCACGGAGCUCCUCUUUGCGAGCCUCUCGUUCUUUUACAUUGAGACGCUGACGCACAAGCUGCGGCUGCUUGGGACGCUGAAGCUGACCAGACCGCUGUUUGCAGUCAAAGGCGCGGGCCUCCCGGCGACACUGUGGGUUGCGGUCGUUGGCCUCUCUUGUGUGCACGGCUGGUUCACUGCGGCACCGCUCUUCUUCGUGCUCUUUUUUGGUCUCGAAGCGGCGGCCCCGUACGUCCGGAUUGACACGGCGACGACGCGCUCGAGCAGCUCGAAGGAAGCGUUUUGGAUGUUUGCGCUCACGGGCUUGUGUGGCUUUGGUGUCCUCGGGACGGCAGUCGCACGAACGGCCUUGUGA